AUGAGGUAUCCACCAGUUUACUUCCUUAAACAAAUGAACACUUUUAUCAUAAAAGGCUUCAUGAUCUUGUUCGUGAGCUGUGUAACCAUCAAAUUGAACCUUUGUUCUCCAAACACUUCCUCAUUGAAUACACUUCCCCUCGAUGGGCAUUUCAACUUUCAUGAAGUGCACCAUGCAGCCAGAGAUUUUGGCAACAGAUAUCAGUUCCUCCCUAUGGCAGUACUACAUCCAAAAACGGUUUCUGAUAUAGCCACUACAAUUAAGCAUAUUUGGGAUAUGGGUCCUCAUUCAGAGCUCACAGUUGCAGCUAGAGGCCAUGGCCACUCACUCCAGGGCCAGGCACAAACCCAAAGAGGAGUUGUCAUCAAUAUGGAAUCACUCGAGGGCCCUGAAAUCCAAGUUUACACUGGAAGUUCUCCAUAUGUGGAUGUCUCUGGUGGUGAGUUGUGGAUAAAUAUCCUGCAUGAAAGCUUGAAAUAUGGAUUAGCGCCAAAAUCAUGGACAGACUACCUACAUCUAACUAUUGGUGGUACUCUGUCUAAUGCUGGGAUCAGCGGGCAGGCAUUCCGGCAUGGUCCCCAGAUCAGCAAUGUCCACCAGCUGGAAGUUGUCACAGGAAAAGGGGAAGUUAUAAAUUGUUCAGAGGAGCAGAAUGAAGACCUAUUUCAUAGUGUUCUUGGAGGGCUUGGUCAGUUUGGCAUCAUAACCCGGGCGAGAAUAUCGUUGGAAGCAGCACCUGCAAGGGUAAAAUGGAUUAGAGUCCUGUAUUCAGAUUUUGCAGCCUUUACCCAAGAUCAGGAGCAUCUAAUAUCUUCAGAAAAUACAUUUGACUAUGUUGAGGGAUUUGUGAUAAUAAACCGGACCGGUCUGCUAAACAACUGGAGAUCAUCCUUCAAUUCAAAGGACCCAGUUCAGGCCAGCCAGUUCAAGUCAGAUGGAAAAACCCUCUUCUGCCUAGAAUUGGCCAAAUACUUCAACCUGGACAAGACUGACUUAAUAAAUGAGGAAGUUGAGAAGUACUUGUCUCGGUUAAGCUAUAUCCGUUCAACGCUGUUCAUGUCAGAAGUUGCAUACAUAGAUUUCUUGGACAGGGUACAUGUGUCUGAGAUCAAAUUACGAUCAAAAGAUUUGUGGGACGUUCCACACCCAUGGCUCAAUCUUCUAAUACCAAAAAGCAAAAUUCACACUUUUGCUGAAGAAGUCUUUGGCAGUAUCCUUACAGCAACAAGCAACGGCCCCAUCCUCAUCUAUCCAGUUAACAGAUCAAAGUGGGACAACAGAACUUCCGUAGUUAUACCGGAGGAACGUAUUUUCUACUUAGUGGCAUUCCUCACAUCUGCUGUUCCCUCUUCAACUGGAACUGAAGGAUUAGAACACAUCUUAACUCAGAACAAAAGAAUUCUAGAAUUCUGUGAAACAGCCCAUCUUGGGGUCAAGCAAUAUCUACCCCAUUACACUACAAAGAAAGAAUGGCAGGCCCACUUUGGCCCACGCUGGGAAGCUUUUGUGCAGAGAAAAUCUGCUUACGACCCUCUGGCAAUACUUGCUCCUGGACAAAGAAUAUUUCAAAAGGCAAUACCCUUCUCAUGA